CCCCCCCCCCGCGCUGCCACCGCCCGCUCGGUGCCGCCCGGUCCCGCCAUGGAGUCCAGCGGGGCCCAGAGCUGCCCCGCCACCUGCCUCGCCUUCAGCCGCACCCGCAAGGGGCUGGUGCUCAUCGGCGAGAUCGUGCUGUGCCUGCUGACCCUGGUGUGUUUCGGGGCGUCGCGCACGGGCUACGUGGGGCUGGCGGUGGUGGAGCUGGUGUUCGCUGCGCUGGUGCUGCUGGCCUGGAGCUGCCGCCUGCCGCCCCGCAUGCAGCUGCUGCACUGGGGCUGGAGCGACUUCUCGCGCUGCGUCAUCGGGGCUGUGCUCUUCCUCAUCAUCUCCCUCAUCGUCAUCGUCAGCCACCGCGACGGCGCCGGCAUCGCGGGGAGGGGUAUUGGGGCUCCUGGCCAGGGUGUGUUCGGGAUCCUGGCCGGGGUCCUGCUGGGAUAUGAUGCCUACAUCACCUUCCCCUUACGGCAGGGCCACACCGCCGCCCCCCACUGGUGCUGCCAAAAGGAGUUCCCCCCCCCCAUCCCCCGCGCGCCCUCCCUCACGCUUCCCGUCGCGCGCACGCGCCCCACGCCCGCCGCCGCCGCCGCCGCCGCUCCGCCCUCACCGCUCCCGCCGCGUCCGUUCCUCUUUCCUCCCGCGGCUGCUCUCCGGUCCUUCCCCGGCGCGUUCCGUUUGGGGGUGUCCCCGCAGUGCCAUGGGGCGCUCCUCCAAGGACAAGAGGGACAUUUAUUACCGCUGGCCAAGGAGGGCGGCUGGAGAGCGCGCAGCGCCUUCAAACUGCUGCAGCUGGAGCAGCGCUUCCAGCUCCUGAGGGGGGUCCAGCGGGCCGUGGAUCUUUGUGCUGCCCCGGGGAGCUGGAGCCAGGUGCUGAGUCGGCACCUCAGGGGCUCCGAGGGCUCCCCAGCCCAGGUGGUGGCCGUGGAUCUCCAGGCCAUGGCGCCGCUCCCGGGGGUGCUGCAGAUCCAGGGGGACAUCACCAAGGCCUCCACAGCCCAGGAGAUCCGGCGCCACUUCGAGGGGCACCCGGCUGACCUGGUGGUCUGUGACGGGGCCCCUGACGUAACGGGGCUGCAUGACCUCGACGAGUACAUCCAGGCCCAGCUGCUGCUGGCAGCGCUGAACAUCACCACCCACGUCCUGAAGAAAGGCGGCACCUUCGUGGCCAAGAUUUUCCGGGGCAAGGACGUGACCCUGCUCUACUCCCAACUGCGCCUCUUCUUCCCCGACGUCACCUGCGCCAAGCCCCGCAGCAGCCGCAACUCCAGCAUUGAGGCCUUCGUGGUGUGCCGUGGCUACAGCCCCCCCGAGGGCUUCGUGCCCAGCAUGGAGAACCCCCUGCUGGAGCCCGAGGCGGGGCUGGCCCUGUCGCGGCUCUCGGGCCCCUCCCGUGUCAUCGUCCCCUUCGUGGCCUGCGGGGACCUGAGCGCCUUCGACCCCGACCGCACCUACCCCCUGCAGCUGGACCCCGCCCCGGCCGUACCGCUACCUGCCGCCCCCCGCCCCCCCCCAUCGCCCCCCCCCUACGCCCGGGCCUGCCGCCUGGCGCCGGGGGGGCGACCCCGGCCCGGAGACCCCCCCGGGCGACCCUCCCCUUGCACACGCGUGUGA